GAGCCGGUUAGUCGCACCGAUCUGCGCAGACGCUGACGAACGUACAAGAAGUACUCGCGCAUUUGUAUCACUAGCAGUUCGUUUUAGUGUAGUCGAGAGUUUGGUUCGUUCGAUUAUCGAAGUACGAGUGUACCUUGUUUUAUAAAACUCUCUUGCGUGAAAGCUCAAGGAGAACCUGCUACCUUCCUGUUGAGGUAUUCCAACUGAAUUACGUACAUUGAACAUGGGAGGAAUCCAGCAACAGCAGUGGACCCCAACAAAGCGACGAGGUCCCAUUGCAGCAGAAUAUUCAAGUCCAGGACCAGCUUGUGUUACAUUGCCAAAUCUUAUAGGAGUUUCAUCAGUUCCUGACUCGAAGCGUGGCCGUGCACCGGCAUUCAGUUUUGGAAGCAGACACGGAAAUAAAAAUGACAGCCCUGGCCCAGGACCCGGCCAGUACAAUGUCACUGGACUCAGUGCAAAAGGUAAGGACAACCCCUUAGCUGCCACUCUUCACAGCCGACCAAAGGAAGUACGGGCUGAUCUCACACCUGCACCAGGCGACUACAAUCUUGAGAAGUCCGAAGGCAUUAUGCAUGACACUUCUCCCAAAUACACGUUUGGCCUCAAGACACAGGUGGAGAAGCCGAGUCAAACCCCAGCACCAAAUGUUUACAACAUCCCAACUGUUCUUGGGCACACAAAAGAGGGUAACAAGAAACAGGCCCCCGCAUUUACAAUUUCUGGGAGGCAAAAAGUACCAUUAGAUGACCGUGUUCUGACUCCAGGGCCUGGGUCAUACAAUAAUGCUAAGGCUGACAACUACAAAGCAAAGGCACCAGCAUACUCCAUCAGCUCUCGCUACCAGAUGCCUUCUGAUUCAACAAUGAAACCAGGCCCAGGUGCGCACUCCCCAGAGAAGGCAAGGUUGGAUAACCUCCCAGCACAUACAUUUGGGAUCAAGCAUUCACCCUAUGCUGGCUGCCUUAAAGACAAUGCGUGGUAGAAUGGAAUCAAGUAGCGAGAAAUCAUCAGCUGCUAUCGCAUUGUUCCAUCAUUCAUCGUCUCAUAAUACAAAAGCUUUUCUGUUGUCUGAGUCUUAAUUCAUCAUUUAUAUGUGCCUCACUAAUAAUUGCAGAAUACCAACUUGAUUAUUCUGUAAUCUAAUUAGACAAUAAGAAAAAUGUUGCACAAUUUUAAAAUUGGAACAAGAGAAAAUGAAUGACUGAUAUGAACUAUUUCUGAAUCUUCAGUUUGUAUAUUAACAUUCUUCACUGUAGAAAAAUAAAGGUGUAAUUAUGAAAGUUAACUGCUUUGAAAUGGUAACUUAAAUUAUAUGAAUUUCUUGCCAUUAUGCAGUAAAAAUUUAAAAUCAUUCUUCUCAAGAUAUCUGUCUUCUGGGUUUAGCACCAUAGAGUCUGAUAGAAGUUUACCAAUGUUUCAGAGGUCCUUGCCACCUCCAUCAUCAGGGCAAAGAAGGUGGGAGGAUAAUAUACAUAAUACAUAGUCAUCAAAAUAGAGCACCCUAGUAGGAUUUGAGGUUCCCAUGGUGGUCCCCCUAAUGAUGGAGGUAGCAAGGACCUCUGAAACAUCGGUAAACUUCUACCAGGCUACGUCCCUGAAGAUGCCAUCUUCAGACUCACUGCCGUGAAAACCUCAAAUCCGACUUCUAAUUUCAGUACAUAUGACAUGGAAUAUCACAGCUUGUGAAUUUAUGUAUUACUUGUAACUUAGAACAUGGGUGAGGCAAUCCAACUCAUUUGCCAACAAAGUGUCAAAUUUAAUUAUUUUUUAGUUUUAUUUGUAAUAUUAAAAUAUAAUUAUGCCAGUCACAAUGGCUGCAUGGUCUGAGACGUGGGCCUUGUGCCGCCUGGACACUGGGACCGUGGGUUCAAAUCCCACUCAAGGCAUGUAUGUUUGUCCGCGUCUCUCUGUGUUGUGCUGUCCUGUGCAUAGGUAGAGGCCUUGUGAUGGGCCGAUCACUCGUCCAAGGAGUCCUACCAAAUGUCUAAUACAUCAUGCAAACCUCCAAAAAGAGAGGAAAAAAGCAGACCCUGCCAAAGCGGGACAAAUGCUAAAGAAAAAGAAGAUUAAAAUAUAAUUAUGCCUGAAAUACCCUGGGUUUGCAUUGAGCUGCAAAAGUCUAUGUAUUGAAAUUUUGCAGAAAAUAUUUAAGAGAGAACCAAGUGUUAAAUGUAAAUAAAAAAAUUAUGAAAAUCA